AGCCCGCUUCUUCGUUCCCUCUCAUCUUGCUCCGCUCUUCCUUCCCGUUCCGAGCGAUUCCUCCUCCGUCGACUGCGCCAGGGUUUGCAUCGGCAUCUUGCCCCGACGGAGGCCUCCGUCAUGGAAGCCUUCAACGCCUUCAGCGUCCGCCUCAGCGGCGUCGGCGGCGGCGGCUCUGUCCUCCCCUUCCGCUUUCCGUCUCGAACCAAGAGAGUAAGCGGUCGCUAUGGACAUGCCCGAGUCCUUUGCUGUGCGUCACCUAAGGAUCGCCCCGAGCUCAAUAAGUGGGACAUGAUGGAGCUCAAGUUCGGGCGCCUUCUAGGCGAGGACCCUAAGCUAACUCUAGCCAAGAUAAUGGCGCGGAAAUUGGAUCCAAAUGUCUCUUAUCUUGAUGUUGAAAAAUCUUUCUAUAAGAACAAAGGUAAAAUGAGUGAUUAUGCACUGAAUAUCCCAUCAGAUGUGAUACUGGAGGAACUGCAGCCACCAAAGAAGCCUGAUACAUCUUACCAGAAGAAUCCACAAAAUGUAAAGGAUAGUAACAUAAAUCUGUCACGUCCAACUAUAAGCAGAAGACCUAAAACCAUGAAAUCCUCUGAGGGUUCCAUACAGGUGCAGACACAACCAAACCACAAUAGAGGAAAAACUGAUGACAGGAGUGAGCCUCCCAACAUUUCUUUGCGGAAGCCCACUGUCACCCAGGAUGAUGACUUUGAAAUUAACUCAAAGUUCAAAAUUGAACCAAAUGUAUUCUUGAAAAUGAGAAAAACAUCAAGUGAAGAUAUAAGUAAUAUGUCUCUUUUAAGGAAGCCGGAGGUUGUCAAACCAAAUUUUGAAUCCACACAACAGAAAGUUUCUGCGGGAGAUUCUUUUCAAACUAGUCUUGAUGAAGUGAGGGGCUUUGAUAGUGAUACAGAGAUCUCAAACAAGGGAGAGAUGUUGUCAGAUGAUCUCAAUGCAAUUAGCGCUGUGACAAGCUCAGACGAACUUCAGUUAAUCAAGUUAGGACUACCUGUGGAGAAUAAUAAGGAUGAAGAGAACUUAUAUGGCAACCAUGAUGCCAAAUCUAUUUUUCCUAAGCUUGAUGAUGGUGGUGUGGUUACAGGAUCGCAGCCACCUAACCAAAGCGCUUCCAAAGUAUCUGUCGCUUCAUCAACAUCUAGGCAAGCUUCCCUGUUAGGGAAGCCUCAGAGGCUGGACACAUCCACAGAAGGGAUGUUACCACCAUAUAGAGGGGAGAAAGUUGCUUUGCAGCUUGAUGAACAUGUCUUCUCUGCUGGAACUGAGACUGUUAUAUCAGCAGAUCAAGAGGAAAGUGACUGGAAAAGGGCAGAAUACUUACUUCAUAGUGGAGAAAAAGCUGAAGUGGAAUUGAUUAGUUGUAGCAGCAGAGGUUUUGUUGUAUCAUUUGGAUCUUUGCUUGGUUUCUUACCUUACAGACAUCUUGGUGCCAAGUGGAAAUUCUUAGCUUUUGAAUCAUGGUUAAGGAAAAAGGGGGUGGAUCCCUCCUUAUACAGGCAGAAUCUAAGCAUUGUGGGCAGUUUUGAUGUGAGCAAUAAAAACCUUGAAUUGGAGGAGCCUACAUCUCAAGAAUCUUAUAAAAAAACUGAAGUGUCAACAUCUCAAGAAAAAUUUGAAGAGCUUCUUGAAGCAUACAACCUUGAAAAAACUAAGUUCCUAUCAUCUUUUAUUGGCCAGAGACUUAAAGGUUCAGUAAUUCUGGCUGAUAGAAAAUCCAGAAAAAUAAUGUUCUCUGGGAGGCCAAAAGAAAAGGAAGAAUUGGUUGAGAAAAAGAGAAGUCUUAUGGCUAGACUCAAUAUUGGUGAUGUUGUGAAAUGUCAGAUCAAGAAAAUUACGUUCUUUGGCAUAUUUGUGGAGGUUGAAGGGGUACCUGCCCUUGUUCACCAAUCAGAAAUUUCAUGGGAUGCAACUUUAGAUCCAUCCUCAUACUAUAAAGUCGGGCAGAUGGUGGAAGCAAAAGUUCAUCAACUAGAUUAUACUCUUGAACGAAUCUUUUUAUCUUUGAGGGACAUAAUGCCAGAUCCAUUGAUGGAGGCCUUGGAAUCUGUUAUUGGUGAUGGUACUGCUUUGGGUGGAAAACUUGAAGCCACACAAGCUGAUGUUGAGUGGGCUGAUGUGGAUUUGCUCAUAGAAGAGUUGCAGAAGAUUGAAGGAAUAUCUAGUGUUUCUAAAGGCCGUUUUUUCAAAAGCCUCGGUUUAGCUCCAACAUUCCAGGUGUAUAUGGCUUCCAUGUUCAGAAACAAGUAUAAAUUGCUUGCUCGUUUUGAAAACAAGAUCCAAGAGAUCAUUGUGGAAUCAUCACUGGAUAAAGAACAAAUGAAGACUGUAAUUUUAACUUGUACCAGUAAAGUCAACUGAAAGAGUGUUAAUGAUUAUCGUGAAUCUUUUGUCUCUUUUUUUUGCCCUUUUAUUUGACAAUUUCCACUCUUGAUAAUUGUCCACUCAUUUCAUAGAUGAAAAAGGGUUCGUCUGUAUAUUAUGCUCCUAUUUUAGGGUGUAAAUAAUAACUCUUGUAUAAUUUAGAAAACAAUAACAUGAGUAGGACAAGCCCUGUAGGAACUUUGAUGGGAUGGAUUA